UGUCUUUCGUCUCUGUUUCAGAGCCUCCAUUUCCACAGGGACGUCUCACACAACAGGAGCAUCCAUUCCACGCGCUCAUACAUUCAAAUUGGAAUACUCGCAGAUACAGAGAUAAAGGGAGAAAGAAGGAGACGCAGCCAUGUGUGGAAUCCUCGCUGUUUUUGGAUGCAUCGAUAAUUCUCAAGCGAAGCGUUCCAGAAUUAUCGAGCUCUCCAGAAGGCUGCGUCAUAGAGGUCCUGACUGGAGUGGCUUGCACUGUCAUCAGGAUUGUUAUCUUGCUCAUCAACGGUUAGCUAUAAUAGAUCCCACUUCUGGAGAUCAGCCUCUGUAUAACGAAGACAAGACAAUUAUUGUCACGGUUAAUGGGGAGAUAUAUAACCACAAAGCAUUAAGGGAAAAGCUGAAGUCUCAUCAGUUCAGAACUGGAAGUGACUGUGAAGUUAUUGCACAUCUUUACGAAGAAUAUGGAGAAGAUUUUGUUGACAUGCUGGAUGGAAUGUUCUCCUUUGUGCUUCUUGACACGCGUGACAAAAGUUUCAUUGCUGCUCGGGAUGCUAUUGGUAUUACACCCCUAUACAUGGGUUGGGGCCUUGAUGGAUCAGUAUGGUUUGCAUCUGAAAUGAAAGCCUUGAGUGAUGAUUGUGAGCGAUUUAUGUCUUUCCCACCUGGCCAUGUAUAUUCAAGCAAGAGAGGUGGGCUCCAAAGAUGGUAUAAUCCAGUAUGGUAUUCAGAACAGAUUCCUACCACUCCCUAUGAUUCCCUAGUCCUGCGAAAGGCCUUUGAGAAGGCUGUGGUUAAGAGACUCAUGACAGAUGUGCCAUUUGGUGUUCUUUUAUCUGGUGGCCUUGAUUCAUCACUUGUUGCUGCAGUGGCAUGUCGAUAUUUGUCGGAAUCAGAGGCUGCCUGCCAAUGGGGGUCUCAGUUACAUACUUUUUGCAUUGGCUUGAAGGGUUCUCCAGAUCUGAAAGCUGCCAGGGAAGUAGCUCAAUAUCUUGGCACUCGUCACCAUGAGUUCCACUUCACAGUGCAGGAAGGGAUAGAUGCACUUGAGGAGGUCAUUUAUCACGUAGAAACAUAUGAUGUGACAACCAUCCGAGCAAGUACCCCAAUGUUUCUUAUGUCACGUAAAAUAAAAUCUUUGGGAGUUAAAAUGGUCCUAUCUGGGGAAGGCUCUGAUGAGAUAUUUGGUGGUUAUUUGUAUUUUCAUAAGGCACCCAAUAAGGAGGAAUUCCACCAGGAAACAUGCCGAAAGAUCAAAGCUCUACAUCUCUACGACUGCUUGAGAGCCAAUAAAUCAACUUCAGCAUGGGGUGUUGAGGCUCGUGUACCCUUCUUAGAUAAGGAGUUCAUCAAUGUUGCAAUGGGUAUUGAUCCUGAAUGGAAAAUGGUAAGACCUGAUCUUGGAAGAAUAGAGAAGUGGGUUCUACGCUAUGCCUUUGAUGAUGACCAGAAUCCAUAUUUGCCAAAGCACAUUCUGUAUAGGCAGAAGGAACAAUUCAGUGAUGGAGUUGGAUACGGUUGGAUUGACAGCUUGAGGGAUCAUGCAAACCAGCAGGUCACAGAUACAAUGUUAGCCAAUGCAAGUUUCAUUUACCCUGAGAAUACACCGACAACGAAAGAGGGAUACUACUACAGGGCUAUCUUCGAGAAGUUCUUUCCUAAGAAUGCUGCAAGGUCAACCGUUCCUGGAGGUCCAAGUGUGGCAUGUAGUACUGCAAAGGCUGUAGAGUGGGAUGCUGCAUGGUCAAAGAAUCUUGAUCCAUCAGGCAGAGCGGCUCUCGGUGUUCACCUUGCCGCUUAUGAAGAUGCAAAGGAGAGUAAAAUGACGGCAUCAGAGACCUCGCUGCAGAAGCUACAAGCAGAGAAGACUGCGGUGGCUGUUUAACUUCAGGUUAGUUUGUAUAGGUUGGAGGGCCAUUCUCAUGCAGUAACUAGUUUUUCCCAAUUAUGGUUCAGCUGUCAACUACAAACGGGUGGUGUUGACAUAACCGGAAAGGAAGCUGAAAGAUUUGUAGCAUUUCACAGAACACAGUUUCUAGUGUUUUUUUGUAUCUUUAUGGAUGUUGAUUGCUUGUCCCAUGGCCUCCGGUUGGUUAUUACUGGUAAAAGAACUCAAGUUCCCUUGUAAUAGCUAGUGUUUUAAUUCUUUUGUUUCCUUGUAGAUGGUUCUGGAAAAAAGUGGCUGUUCCCGAAUAAGAUGACUUAUUUGAUUUGCUCUGA